AUGAUAUUUUUCAUCAUUUCUUUCAAUUUUCUUUAUUUCGUCUCAAUCCGCCAAAUGUAUUAUGAGUUUCACUUCUUUCUUUCAAUCAAUUCAACCUUCGCCAUUUUUAGACAAACACAUUUACAUCUCCUUUUAAAUAUCUCACCAGAUCUCUUUCUCUCGAUUUUCUUCCUCUCUCUCCCUCUCUCCCUCUUUCUCUCUUUCUCUUUCACGCCUGUUUCUUUCAUUAUCAGCACAAGCCUAUUUAAUCCUAUCUAUCUAUCUAUCUAUCUAUCUAUCUAUCUAUCUAUCUAUCAGCCUGUUCGUAUGUAUCUAUCUCAGUUUUCAUAUCUCUUUUCAUAUCUAUCUAUCUAUCUAUCUAUCUCUUUUCAUAUCUGUCAUCCAUCUUCCAUCCUAUCUAUCUAUCCUAUCUAUCUCAGAAACACUCCUUCUUACGACAUCCGCUCCCAAACGACAACGAAACACCGCCUCCUUGACAUACAUCCGCUCUCGACCAGCCACCACGAAACUCUCCUCCUUACGACAUCCGCUAUCAAGCGACCGCAAAACUCUCCUUCUUAUGACAUCCGCUCUCUAACGACCAGGAAACACUCCUUCUUACGACAUCCGCUCCCAAACGACAACGAAACACUCCUUCUUAUGACAUACGCUCUCAAGCCACCACGAAACUCUCCUCCUUGCGACAUCCGCUAUCAAGCGACCACGAAACUCUCCUUCUUUACGACAUCCGCUCUCUAA